GCGGGCGCGGGCCUGUCCUCCGAGCCAUGGCGGCCCCGGAACCGGCGCCGAGGAGGGGCCGCGAGCGGGAGGACGAGAGCGAGGACGAGAGCGACAUCCUGGAGGAGAGCCCGUGCGGCCGCUGGCAGAAGCGGCGGGAGCAGGUAAACCAGGGGAACAUGCCAGGCAUUCAGAGCACGUUCCUGGCCAUGGACGCGGAGGAGGGCGUGGAGGUGGUGUGGAACGAGCUGCACUUCGGCGACAGGAAGGCCUUCGCCGCCCACGAGGAGAAGAUCCUGACCAUGUUCGAGCAGCUGGCGCUCGUCGACCACCCCAACAUCGUGAAGCUGCACCGCUACUGGCUGGACGCCUCGGAGACCCGCGCGCGGGUCGUCUUCAUCACCGAGUACGUGUCGUCCGGCAGCCUCAAGCAGUUCCUGAAAAAGACCAAGAAGAACCACAAGGCCAUGAACGCCCGGGCCUGGAAGCGCUGGUGCACACAGAUCCUGUCGGCGCUCAGCUUCCUGCACGCCUGCAGCCCCCCGAUCAUCCACGGGAACCUGACCAGCGACACCAUCUUCAUCCAACACAAUGGCCUGGUCAAGAUCGGCUCCGUGUGGUACCGCAUCUUCUCCAACGCUCUCCCUGACGACCUGCGGAGUCCGGUGCUGGCGGAACGCGAGGAGCUGCGGAACCUGCACUUCUUUCCCCCGGAGUACGGAGAGGUGGCCGACGGCACGGCCUUGGACAUCUUCUCCUUCGGGAUGUGCGCGCUGGAGAUGGCCGUGCUGGAGAUCCAAGCCAACGGGGACGCCCGAGUCACGGACGAGGCCGUGGCCCGGGCCAGACAUUCCCUGACUGACCCCAACAUGCGGGAGUUCAUUCUGUCCUGCCUGGCCCGGGACCCCGCGUGCCGGCCCUCUGCCCACAGCCUGCUCUUCCACCGCGUGCUCUUCGAGGUGCACUCGCUGAAGCUCCUGGCAGCACAUUGCUUCGUCCAGCACCAGUGUGAGUGGCAGGCCGGCCUGGAGCGGGGUCCCCACAGCCCGCGGGCCCUGCCCACCCCACUCUCUGUGACCAGCAGACCUCAUGCCGGACAAUGUGGUGGAGGAGAAGACCAAAGCCCUGGACCUGCAGGCCGUCUUGGCCGAGGUGCUGCGGCCCGCCCAGCCCCCGGUGCAGUGGCGGUGAGCAGCAGGGCGGCCCUGGAGCCCACUCCCCCGGAGCCCAGGCUGGCCGCCCGCUCACGGACCUCCACCCUGGCCAGGUACUCGGAGGUAUCCUUCUUGGAGCUGGACAAGUUCCUAGAAGACGUCAGGAAUGGCGUCUACCCACUGAUGAACUUCGCUGCGGCCCGGCCCCUGGGCCUGCCCCGGGUGCUGGCCCCACAGCCCGAGGAGGCCCAGAAGACCAAGACCCCUACGCCGGAGCCCUUCGACUCAGAGACCAGAAAGGUGAUCCAGAUGCAGUGUAACCUGGAGAGAAGCGAGGACAAGGCGCGCUGGCACCUCACCCUGCUCCUGGUGCUGGAGGACCGGCUGCACCGGCAGCUGACCUACGAGCUGCUGCCAACCGACAGAGCCCAGGACCUGGCUGCCGAGCUGGUGCACUAUGGUUUUGUCCGCGAGGACGACCGCGCCAAGCUGGCCACCUUCCUGGAGAGCACCUUGCUCAAGUACCGCGGGGCCUAGGGCUGCCCGGGUGACCUCGGCAGCCCAGCCCUCGGUCUGCACCCCGGGAGACCCCGCCGGUGGCCUGCAGGUGUCUGGCCAGAUCCGGAGGAAGGUAGCAGCCCAGCAGUUGGCUCUCCGCCGGGCCCGCCUGGCCCCCAGGAGGCACAGAACGUGGGCUCCCUGUGUGACAAAGUGCCGUGCAAGGGUCCUCCCGCCGCCAAACACUGACACUGUGUGGGCAUCGUGCCCAGGGGCUUCGUUAGGGCUGACCACUGACUUAGCUGCCCGGGUCCUCCCAGGCCCAGGCCUCUCGGGAGCCCCACCCUAGGAGCCAAGGUUGGGGUGCCCAUCUGGGCUGGCAAGGGUGCGUCCACUCAGUGGCGGGCUGCAAGGGAAUGCUCCCUGCGGAGGAUCUGUCAUUCUCUGGAAUGUUCCGCAGCCCAGCUCCUCCCAGCUUGCGCUCGGAGUUGCCAAGUUCAGGGUCCCUGCGGCCAGCACAUCUCUGCAGGCGCCACAGCCGCCUCACUGUCCUUACGCCGAGUGCGGUGUGCUUGCCGUCUCCUCACACACACGGUCUUAAUGACGGAGUCAGCUGAAGGCCACCUCCGGCCCCAUCCCGCCCACUUGAAUACUCCCGCAAAGCACACGCGUGUUUAUGGCUGUUUCUCUUCUAAAUAAAACAAGGUGUUACUACUUA